AUGAUCCUCUCAAUAUCGAUAUCCCUCCUCUUCCUCCACAGCUUCACCUUCACCUUCACCACAGCAGCAAACUCUCAACCGACCUCCAUCUCGUCCCCGUCCUCUCCCCCCGCCGAUGACGACGACGGCACAGAAUGCCCCGGAACCACAGUCCCCUGCCUCGACGGCUGCAUCCCUGUCGGCGCGCUCUGCUGCCACGCCUCUUCCGAGACCUGGUGGUGCGAAAGGCACAUGGCCUGCGGCCUGGCCAAAUCCGUAGGCUGCACCACCCCCUUGACACAACAAACCUCCUCCUCUUCUUUUUCCUCCUCCUCUCCCUCCACUUCCACAUCUGCCUCUACAUCUGCCUCUCCUCCACGCGAGUCUUUCUCCCCUGUUUCGACGACAACGACAACAUCCCGCUCGCUCUCGCCCACGGCAGGUAACGGCUUCUUCCCCACGAUAACGGAGGGCACGACAAGUCGAAACGGGGAGGACGCCGCCACGAGGCCGAAUCUGACGGUGGAAUCGACCAGUCCUCAGCCUGCGACGUGCUACUUUGAGAUACCCAUCGUGCGGAGGCAACAGCGGGAGAAGCAGACGACGACAACGGAGUCAGCGUGUCCCACCGAAUUGACAUCGGCCACUUCCGUCCCGGGUGCCAUCAGCGGAUCCGGGCCGGCGGUGAAGGAUCAGCCGUGGGGCGUUGUGAUGCUGGUCGGGGUCGGGAUUGGGUUCGGGUUCGUCGUGAUGCUGGUUUAG